UAAUUCUGAAAGUAUUUAUUGAUUUUGGGGUUUACGAGAGGAAUCGUUACCGAGGAUAACUUUGGCGUGCCGAUCUCGAGUCAGCGCAGAUUUAUAUUUUCGACGCCUACCUGGCAGCGUACGGCGUAAGAAUUCCCCGCCAUUUUAAAAAUUCCCAUUUCAAUAUGUUCCCGCUAAAACUACUCCCCCCAACUCUGGUAAAAAUACCUACUCACUCCCCUGCGGCCCGCACCGUUCUUCCUUGAGAACCAGAACGGAGUACUCCGCCGCAUCUAAUAAUUCCCGAUUAUGUUGAAAACGAAGAUCCGAAAAGCGGACCAGGAUAUGAAGCCGACGGCAAAUCCUAUCCUCACACCCGCCAAAACCGUCAUUCACAUCGGCGGUAUUCCGGUGGAGUUUCCCUUCCACCCGUAUGGCACGCAGCUGGCAUUUAUGAAUAGGGUUAUUUCGACCUUGGAUCGCGCGCAUAAGGAUGGCCGAUCACACGCGCUGCUCGAGUCUCCUACCGGUACCGGAAAAUCGCUUUCCCUUCUCUGCUCUGCACUAGCUUGGCAGCAGAACUUCAAGUCGAAGAACCGUUUUUCCAAUCCCAGCUACUCAAAACCCGACCCGGAGGCCCUAUCUGAUCCCAUUGGUCAUGGUGGUGGAUUUAUUCCGGAAACACAACCCUCAGGAAACCCAGAACCAGCACCAUUAGUCGAGGCAGUUGGAAAUAAUCGGAAGACAGCUGCAGUUGGGAAGAACGGGAAGAAGAAGUUGGCGCCCACUAUUUUUUAUGCCACGAGGACGCAUUCACAAAUUUCUCAAGUAAUCAGAGAGUAUAGGAAGACGUCUUAUCGGGUCCCAAUGGCUGUGCUUGCAUCACGAAAACAUUACUGUACAAAUAUGAAUGUCCGUGGGAUGGAUAAUGUUGAUGAACUAUGUAAGUCAUUGCUAAAAGGAAAUGAUGUAAGCUGCUAUGAAUUCAAAAAUGCUCAUAAGGUCAAAGGUCAUCCAUCUCUCCAGAAAGGAGCUUGCCAUGAGGCUCAUGAUAUCGAAGAUCUUGUCAAAGUUGGACAAGUUGUUAGAGGAUGUUCGUACUUCGCAGCACUUUCCAUGGCUGAUGACGCGGAGCUAGUUUUCUGCCCAUACAGCUAUAUCAUUAACCCAGUCAUUCGGAAAGCCAUGGAUGUGGAUAUUAAUGGAUCAAUUAUUAUUUUUGAUGAAGCCCACAAUAUAGAAGAUAUCUCCCGAGAUGCUGGUAGCAUAGAUGUAGAGGAAGACGUCUUUCUUCAAUUGUUGACCGAGCUGGAGCAACUUGCGCUUAACGAUGCGAUGACUUACCAACCAUUGAUAGAAAUGGUGCAGGAUCUUAUCAAUUGGAUUGAUAGAAGGAAAAACAGCCUAGGAAGGCAUGACUUUCAACACUACUUCUCAGGUUGGACUGGUGACAAAGCUUUAAAGGAGUUAGAAGAAGCAAAUGUGUCAAGACAGUGCUUCCCAAUAUUACGAGAGUGCGCUACAAAGAGUCUGAUGUACCUCAACUGACCGGAAAAGCAGCAAUUGUUUUGGAAGGGUUGUUUUCUUCACUUAGUUACUUCUUCUCAGAGGAUGGGGCUCAUGUAUGUGAUUUUCAGCUAGUACUGCAGCGUCAAAUUAAAAGGGUUGCUGGAAGUGCUGUUAAUAGUUGGACUCAUACAUUUAGCUUAUGGUGCUUGAAUCCAGCUGUUGUCUUCAAAAAAGUGGCUGAUCUAUCUCUAUCUGUUAUUCUUACAUCAGGGACUUUGUCACCCAUGAACUCCUUUACAUCUGAACUCGGUGUUCCUUUUAAUACUUCACUGGAAGCUCCACAUGUUAUAGACACUGAGUCGCAGUUAUGGGCUGCUGUAAUCUCCAGAGGCCCUAGAAACUAUCCACUGAAUGCAAGUUAUAAAACAGCAGAUUCAUAUGCUUUCCAGGACUCACUUGGUACAUCUAUAGAAGAAAUAUGCAAGGUUGUUCCAGGUGGCUGUCUUAUAUUUUUCCCUAGCUAUAAACUGAUGGAGAAAUUAAGAAGUCGCUGGCAGGAAACAGGCCAAUGGGCUCGCAUUAAUGCUAGAAAACCGCUUUUUGUUGAGCCACGAGGAAGCCAGGAAGAGUUUGAAUCCGUUUUGAAAGGUUAUUAUAAAUCAAUUCACCAAGGAAGUAAACCAGGAUUGGGAAGAAAGAAAGUCAGAAAUUCUGGCAAGAUUUUAGCGAGAUCUUCUGAAGAUUACAAGAAAGAAGCAGCUUUUCUUGCAGUCUGCAGAGGAAAGGUUUCUGAAGGCAUUGAUUUCUCCGAUGACAUGGCUAGAGUUGUCAUAGUUGUUGGGGUUCCCUUUCCAAACAUAAAUGAUAUUCAAGUUGCUCAAAAGAAGAAAUUCAAUGAUACAUACAAGCUGUCCAAAGGCCUUCUUAGUGGAAGUGAUUGGUACUGCCAGCAAGCAUUCCGAGCUGUUAAUCAGGCUACAGGCCGCUGUAUUCGACAUAAAUUUGAUUAUGGAGCUAUCAUUUUUUUAGAUGAGCGCUUUUGUGAGGCAAGAAAUAGGGGAUACAUUUCAAAGUGGUUGCGGAAUUCAAUUAAAGAAUACGAAUGCUUUGAGGAUUCAUUGGAUGGGUUGGAAUCCUUUUUCAGAGACGUGAAGGAACGUAUUGGGAAACCGACAGAUGCUACACAAAGCUCUGUUGCUAAUCUCGAGGUUACACCUUGUGCAAGUAAGAGCCAGAUAUCUGCAAAAAACAAUCAGAUAUCGAAUGUUUCAACUUUGCCAAGGGAAGAUGCUGAAGCAAGUGUUGCAAAAAGAAAUCAGGAAUCAGCUGGCCUACCCAAACCGUUGAAGAUGUUCUCAAUAUGUGGUUCACCUAAUAAUGGAGUGAGCCCUGGUAUUCAGGGCUAUAGGUCUACAAACAAAAAUAACUCUAAAGACAACAAAACUUAUAUUGAUUUAGAAUGUGAUUCUCCAAAUGGCCCCAGGUGCUCCGGAGAAGUAUUGAUGGCAGCUUACAUUAGUGACACAGAAGAAUCUGCUUUUGGAAAGGAAACUCAUAGUAUCAGUGGCACUGUUCAUUCUACCUCCCCCCAAUCAUUCUCCAAGGAAUAUUCCAAUUCAACAGUUAUUCAAGCAUCUGUUGAACAUUCAAACAACUUGACAUGUGAUACUAUGACCAUACCUGAUCCAAAGAUGAGCCCUGAAUCAAAAUGUUUUAUGGUCACACCCGAAAGGUAUCCUUGUGCAGCACAUAAUGGUAUAACUCCUGAUGUAGAAAGUGUGAACUCCCAUGCAGAAAAAAGGAGAAAACACUUUGAUUUAUCCUCUGUUAGCCUCAAUGUAGAGAAACUUGAUUCUACAGUCGCUACCACUCCUGUCGAUGAUUACUCCCAGCCACGCUUAAGGGAGACCAAAGGUGAAAACAUGGGCACUGAUUGUGAUUCCAUGGUCAAUACAUCAUAUAACUAUGGGUCCAAAUUUCCUAGGUCAGGAACCCUGAAUCAUUGUGAUCGAUUACAUGUGAAGUCUACCCUUGUUUUGGACAAUAGACUACAAAUUUUUUGCUCAAGCUGCACAAGUGCAUUGGGUCUUCCUGAGAACAACUUAAUAGUUCGUUGCUUAAUCACUUCAUCAACAAAGAUUCAUAUAAAAUCACUUUGGCAGAGGAAAUCAGACCUUGAUUUGGGAACAUCAAGCAUUCCUAUUUUGAUAACCGAUAUGGAAUCGAUUGAUCAUCGAAUCUACAAUAUAACUUGUGAAAGUACUCCUUCUGAGGGGAUUUGGUGUAAAGAUGAUGGAUGUGUAUUCAAAGCUAUUUUCUGCCCAUUCUGUGCCAAACCAACCAAUCUUGGUGUACAGGUCAUGGCUGCUGAUGCAUUAAAUAUCCAAUUUCUUAACAAGAUACUAUUCUAUUCUGAUUCCCUCUUGAUAAAGGCCACUGAUUCAUCAAAAGUGGUAACCUUCUCGUCUUUUGGCCUCUAUCGUCACUUUAGUAUUACUGUAAAUCUCAAUUAAUCACUUGUGACGCGAGAGUUUCCUGUGAGAAUAAUACCAGGCUUAACCCUUAUGGUAGCCCUGACAGAUAUAUAUAUAGACAAAAGAGUUAUAAUUACAUAAAGAGUUCCACAAUAAUAAUAAUAUUAAAACUACACUAUUACACCCCCUCAAGCUGUGCAGGGGAAAGAAUGCGCAGAUUGUCACGAAGAAGAGUAAAACGUUGUGGAGACAAGCACUUAGUAAAAAUAUCUGCCAGCUGAGCCUGUGUAGGAACAUAUUUGACACAAAGAUCACCAUGGGCCACCCGCUCGCGCACAAAAUGAUAAUCAAUGUUAAUAUGCUUACUCCUAGCAUGCUGAAUAGGAUUAACCGAAAGAUACGAAGCAGAGACAUUAUCACAAAAUAAGGUAGUAGGUUCCCGAACCGGAAACCCCAACUCAAACAAAACAGCCCGAAUAUGAAGUGUAUCUUGAACAGUAAAAGCCACAGCACGAUAUUCAGCUUCAGUGGAGGAUCUGGAAACUGUGGGUUGCUUCUUGGACUUCCAGGAGAUGAGAUUCGGUCCUAGAAAUAUCGCAUAACCAGAGGUGGACCUACCUGUAUCCGGACAUCCAGCCCAAUCAGCAUCAGAGUAAGCAGUAAUUACAGGAGACGCCUGAGACUUCUGUAAAAGGAGGCCAUGCAUGGAUGUUCCCUGAAGAUACCUGAAAAUACGCUUAACAGCCAACAUAUGUGAAGUACGAGGUGCAUGCAUAAAUUGAGAAACCAGGUGUACAGCAAAGGAUUUGCCCCCAUGUCCCGGUGACUCUAGCACCAUUAAGAGUUUCUCUUCCACUCCUUAUAAAAGUUCAACAUGCUCUAGCGCCAGUCCCAAAGCUGACCCUGGUACUAUAGAAAGUUUCUCUUACACUCCAGAUGAAAAAAGAGCUACAGGAUGGAGGACUACUAAGUCAAAGGCAAUUUAGGAAUGGAUUUAAUGCACGUGUAUAGAAGGAUGCUAACCUGCAUUGGAAUCUUAGUGGAAGAUUAACUGCUCUUGCUAUACCAGCUUUCAAUUGAACAAUGAACAGCAAGAAAAAAGAAUCUAAAGAUUCCGGCUUCAAGUAUAUUGGCUGAAAGUGAAAGUCCCGCUAAUCAAUUGUAUGGCAUUUUUAGCGCAGAGCUUUGGAAUUGUAAUUCAUUGUUGUUUCAUCUGUAUAGUGUUUGCUCAGCUAAUCACUUGAAACUGAAAGUGAAGUUUAGUUGUUGCAGCCUUCAUUUAUUUAUUUUAUAUUCAUUUCCAUC